CGCAACGGGAACGCAGCAAUAGCCCGGCAAAGGGGACAGGACAACAUGGCUGCUGCUGCGGGCCGAUACUACGGAGAAGGCGGCAGAGCUACGAAAAGACAGAAAACUGAAGACGGAGGGAUGACAACGGAGUCUUAUGAUGACCCUCAUAAACCGCUACCUUCCCCGGUGGUUCACAUCAGGGGUUUGGUGGACGGUGUAAUGGAGUCAGACCUGGUGGAGGCCCUGCAGGAGUUUGGGGCUAUAAGUUAUGUGGUCAUGAUGCCUAAGAAGCGCCAAGCCCUGGUGGAGUAUGAGGAUAUGAAUGGCUCCUGCAAUGCUGUUACUUAUGCAGCAGAGAACCAGGUCUAUAUUGCAGGCCACCCCGCCUUCAUCAAUUACUCCACUAGUCAGAAGAUUUCCCGGCCAGGAGACUCGGAUGACACCCGGAGCGUCAACAAUGUGCUCCUGCUCACAAUCAUAAACCCCAUGUAUCCAAUCACCACGGAUGUGCUCUACACUAUUUGCAACAACUGCGGUCCCGUACAGAGGAUUGUCAUCUUCAGAAAGAAUGGGGUUCAAGCCAUGGUUGAAUUUGAUUCCGUUCAAAGCGCUCAGAGGGCUAAAGCGUCUUUGAAUGGAGCAGACAUCUAUUCUGGCUGUUGUACUCUAAAGAUUGAAUAUGCAAAGCCAGCACGCCUUAAUGUCUUCAAGAAUGACCAGGACACGUGGGACUACACAAACCCCAACCUGAGUGGCCAAGAUGCUGAUGGUGAAGGCAAUUGGAACAAUUCACAAGAUCCCAACGCCAAUCCCAACAAACGCCAGAGGCAGCCAGCUCUUCUAGGGGACUACCCACCUGAUUUUGGUGGCCCACAAGGAGGUUAUCACAGCUAUAAUGAUGAUCACUAUGGCCCCCCUCCUCCCCAUCGCAUGGGGCCUGGCAUGGGUGGCCGAGGUCGGGGAAACCAGCGGUACGGUGCUGGAUACGGGCCGCCGCCACCUGAGUAUGGCCCUCAUGCUGAUUCACCGGUUCUUAUGGUGUAUGGCCUCGAGCCUUCUAAAAUCAACGCUGAUAAGGUCUUCAACAUCUUUUGUCUCUAUGGCAACGUAGAGAGGGUAAAGUUCAUGAAGAGCAAACCUGGAGCAGCGAUGGUGGAAAUGGGAGACUGUUACUCUGUUGACCGCGCCAUCACUCACCUGAACAACAACUUCCUCUUUGGACAGAAACUCAAUGUUUGUGUGUCCAAACAGCAGGCUAUCGUGCCAGGGCAGUGCUACCAGUUAGAGGAUAACACCAGCAGCUUCAAGGACUUCCAUGGAUCCCGCAACAACCGCUUCACCUCCCCGGAGCAGGCUGCAAAAAACCGAAUUCAGCACCCCAGUAACGUCCUGCAUUUCUUCAACGCCCAGCCCGACAUCUCUGAAGAGAUCUUCAACCAGAUCUGUGACGAGCUGGGAUUCAAGAGUCCUUCGAGUGUGAAACUUUUUACUGGAAAGAGUGAGAGAAGUUCAUCUGGGCUGCUGGAGUGGGAAUCCAUCAAUGACGCCAUGGAGGCCCUAGCUAUGAUGAACCAUUAUCAGAUGAAAAACCCCAGUGGGCCUUACCCUUACACACUGAAGCUGUGUUUCUCAACCACACACCACGCCAACUAAGAAGUUUCCCCGCAGACUGUUUGUAAUGUUUUGUGACUUUGCAUCGAGUAUAUCGCAGUUCUGUUGUCAUGUCCCAUUAAAACAGUGUCGACUAAAACUACAUUAAUGUGCUUUGGAAAAUGUUACUUAAGUGAUGUUUUUUAAUUAUUAUUAAUUUGACUUUUAAAAUGUUUUCAAUCAUUUGUCAGUUUUGUAUAUUCACACUAGAUUUGAUCAUCCCGACUCCCAGUAUUUGGUUUUUAAAUAAAGUUAACAGACUGA